AUAACUUCAUUCAGAAUAUAUAAUUGAAAAUUUCAUAAAUAAUUGACUCUCAAUCAAUAGACUUGAUUGAUAUGUGCUUCUACUAAACGCCUAUAAAUACACUGCAUGGGCUCAUAACUUCAUUCACCACCUUUUCUAUUCGCUCGCUCGCUCUCUUAUUACUUCUUUCAUCCUCCCUCGAAUCUUCUUACGAGAGAACCGCCACGCAGCAAAUCACGACGAUGGAGAAGGAGAAGAAGAUGUUCGUGUUGAAGAGCUCCGACGAUGAAUCCUUUGAAGUCGAUGAAGCCGUCGUACUCCAAUCUCAGCACUUGUCGCAUGUUGUUGAAGACUGCACCGGUCGUGAACACAAGAUUGAGAAUGUCACAGGCAAGAUCCUCGCGAAGGUGGUCGAAUACUGCGAGAACCACGUCGCCGUCGUCAACGAUGGUGGUGCCAAUUCUUCUUCCUCCUCCUCCUCCGGUGAUGCUCUCAAGAAGUGGGACGAUAAGUUCAUCAAGGAAAUGGAUAUGUCCACGGUCUACGAUCUCAUCAUGGCUGCGGACUACCUAGACAUCAAAGGUCUUUUUGAUCUCACGUGCCAGGGAGUCGCUGACGUGAUCGCGGCAUGCAAAGACCAUAAGGAGAUUCGUGCAACGUUCGGCCUCGUGAAUGACUACACAGCAGAGGAGGAAGCAGAGGUUCUCAAGGAGAACGAGUGGGCUUUUGAUUGAUGAAUGAAUGAGCGGGUUAAUCUAAACCCCUAGCUACUCUUUCUUUUCGAAUCUUUGUGAUCGUUUAUGAGAUAAACAUUGCUUUCUUGUUUUGAUUUUAGUGAAUCUUUAGAACCUUUCUUGACUCUUACGCAAAAAGAUUGAGUGAAAAACAGAGGAUGUUGUUAAACUGCAUAUAUCUAGAAGAAGUUUUGUACAUUUGAAGCUUUUGCGUUUUGAGAAUCUUGAUUCUUCUGUCAAUGAUCGUUCUCUACUAACUCCCUCUUGCUAAUUCUGAUACCAAAUGAUCCAUUUCUUGACUUAUACCUGCAAAAUGUAUUGGGAGUUAAAACAACAACUUACUUUUUUUUUUUUUUUGGUCAAAAAAACAACAACUUACUUAUAAUACUAGUUACAUACAAACAAUCUUGAACCCAAAUCUAAAUUAAUCUACUAACAAGUACCUUUGGACAAAGCUUGAAUACCUUCAAUCAAAGACCAUUGCUCCAAACAUGGACUCUGAAUAAUUAAGUACCAUUUA